CGGCCGGUGGGAGAGGAGGGGAGGGGUGGCCCGCAGCUGCCUGACUGCCCUGCUCUCCCCAGGGGAGGCCUGAACCGGCCAGGCCUGGGUGCCAGGGGGGCCCCCCUGCCCGGGGCUUGGCCUCCCUGCCGGGCAGAGCCGCCUCCCAGCCUGCCCCUGGGGAGGGGCCACCUGGUGUCAAUUAAACCCCAGCCACUCGGCCGCACCACGCCAGGCGGCUGAUUAGUGCCGCGGCCUCUCCAGAUGGGGAGCACUGCCUGAGAGGGGGCGGCUGCCACCACGCGAGGGUGAGGCCUCUGCGGAGCGGGCACGGGUCUGACGGGCUGGCGGCGCCCGGAGAAUAGUGUGCCGAAGCUUGCGUCACCUCUAGACACAUCUAGACACAUCCACCAGACACAUCUCCUCCCCAGUCUGCCUGACCUGUUGCUUGGGGACACGUCCCACGGCUGGUCCUGACGUCCGCCUGAUCAACCAUCGCUUCCUAGAGAACGAGGAGGAAGGCAGACGCAGGAGAUCAUGCCACCGAUGGCCGGACAGCAAUGAGCGGGUGAUGCCGUGUUGACGUCAGAGACGGAGAAGACAAAGCCCCAGAGCAGCUCAUUCCUGAGACGCCUCAGCACCGGCCCCCUCUUCCUCCGAGCACGCCCUGAAGCCUGGCUCCUCCUGGUGAAACCAUCUUGGCUUGACGCAUUUUGAGGUCUUCAGACACCUGGGUAGUAGACACCAUGGAGAAUCAGGUGUUCAGCGUUCAGCAGAUCCAACCCAACGUCAUCUCCGUCCGCCUCUUCAAGCGCAAGGUGGGGGGUCUGGGGUUCCUGGUGAAGGAGCGGGUGAGCAAGCCGCCCGUGAUCAUCUCCGACCUGAUUCGGGGGGGUGCUGCGGAGCAGAGCGGCCUCAUCCAGGCCGGUGACAUCAUCCUUGCAGUCAACGGCCAGCCCCUGGUGGACCUGAGCUAUGACAGCGCCCUGGAGGUGCUCAGGGGCAUCGCCUCUGAGACCCACGUGGUCCUCAUUCUGAGGGGCCCCGAGGGCUUCACCACUCACCUGGAGACCACCUUCACCGGGAACGGGACCCCCAAGACCAUCCGCGUGACACGGCCUCUGGCUGCCCCCACCACCGCUGUCGAUCUGUCUCACCAGUCAUCAGCCAGCAGAGAGCACUCACCGGCAGUGGACAGGGCCACGGGUCCUGGCAAUGGGCCGCAGCACGCCCAAGACGGUGGGCAGGAAGCCGGCUCUCUCCCCCAUACCAAGAGCCGGGCUCCCGGGCCCCCAGGCCAGGACUCUGCCAAGAAGAGCAUCCAGGGCAGCCAGAACAGUGAGUUGCUCAAAGAGAUAGAACCUGUACUGAGCCUUCUCACCAGUGGGAGCAAAGGGAUCAAUGGCGGGGGACCUUCCAAGGCAGAGACGAAGGAUGCAGAAGUCCAGGUGGACAGAGGUAUGGAUGGCAAGUCACACAAGCCACUGCCCCUGGGCGUGGAGAAUGACCGAGUCUUCAGUGACCUGUGGGGGAAGGGCCACGUGCCUGUCGUCCUCAACAACCCGUAUUCAGAGAAGGAGCAGCCCCCUGCCUCGGGAAAACAGUCUCCUACAAAGAACGGCAGCCCCUCCAAGUGCCCCCGCUUCCUCAAGGUCAAGAACUGGGAGACCGACGUGGUCCUCACUGACACCCUUCACCUUAAGAGCACACUGGAAAUGGGCUGCACCGAGCACAUCUGUAUGGGCUCCAUCAUGCUCCCCUCUCAGCAGAUACGAAGGCCUGAAGACAUCCGCACAAAAGAACAGCUCUUCCCUCUCGCCAAAGAGUUCAUUGACCAGUACUACUCAUCAAUUAAAAGGUUUGGCUCCAAAGCCCACACGGAGAGGCUGGAAGAGGUGAACAAAGAGAUCGAAACCACCGGCACCUACCAGCUCAAAGACACGGAGCUCAUCUACGGGGCCAAGCACGCGUGGCGGAACGCCUCCCGCUGCGUGGGCAGGAUCCAGUGGUCCAAGCUGCAGGUGUUCGAUGCCCGCGACUGCACCACGGCUCACGGGAUGUUCAACUACAUCUGCAACCACAUCAAGUAUGCCACCAACAAGGGGAACCUCAGAUCCGCCAUCACCAUAUUCCCCCAGAGGACGGACGGCAAGCACGAUUUCCGAGUCUGGAACUCUCAGCUCAUCCGCUAUGCCGGCUACAAGCAGCCUGAUGGCUCCAUCCUGGGGGACCCAGCCAAUGUGGAAUUCACAGAGAUCUGUGUGCAGCAGGGCUGGAAACCCCCAAGAGGCCGCUUCGAUAUCCUGCCACUCCUGCUCCAGGCCAACGGCAACGAUCCUGAGCUCUUCCAGAUCCCCCCAGAGCUGGUGUUGGAAGUGCCCAUCAGGCACCCCAGGUUUGAGUGGUUCAAGGAUCUGGGCCUGAAGUGGUAUGGCCUCCCCGCUGUGUCCAACAUGCUGCUGGAGAUUGGCGGCCUGGAGUUCACCGCCUGUCCCUUCAGCGGCUGGUACAUGGGCACAGAGAUUGGCGUCCGCGACUAUUGUGACAACUCUCGAUACAACAUCCUGGAGGAAGUGGCCAAGAACAUGAACUUGGACAUGAGGAAGACGUCCUCCCUGUGGAAGGACCAAGCACUGGUGGAAAUCAACAUUGCUGUUCUCUACAGCUUCCAGAGUGACAAAGUGACCAUCGUUGACCACCACUCUGCCACCGAGUCCUUCAUCAAGCACAUGGAGAAUGAAUACCGCUGCCGGGGGGGCUGCCCUGCCGACUGGGUGUGGAUUGUGCCCCCCAUGUCUGGCAGUGUCACCCCUGUCUUCCACCAGGAGAUGCUCAACUACCGACUCACCCCGUCCUUCGAAUACCAGCCUGAGCCUUGGAACACCCACGUCUGGAAAGGCACCAAUGGAACCCCCACAAAGCGGCGAGCCAUCGGCUUCAAGAAGCUGGCAGAAGCCGUCAAGUUCUCAGCCAAGCUUAUGGGGCAGGCAAUGGCCAAGAGGGUCAAGGCGACCAUCCUUUAUGCCACAGAGACGGGCAAGUCGCAGGCCUAUGCUAAAACCUUGUGUGAGAUCUUCAAACAUGCCUUUGAUGCCAAGGUGAUGUCCAUGGAAGAAUAUGACAUUGUACACCUGGAACAUGAAACUCUGGUCCUAGUGGUUACCAGCACUUUUGGCAAUGGCGACCCCCCAGAGAAUGGGGAGAAAUUCGGCUGUGCUUUGAUGGAAAUGAGGCACCCCAACUCCGUGCAGGAGGAAAGGAAGUACCCGGAACCCUUGCGUUUCUUUCCCCGUAAAGGGCCUCCCCUCCCCCAAGGUGACACAGAAGUCCAUGGUCUGGCUGCAGCCCGUGACAGCCAGCAGAGGAGCUACAAGGUCCGAUUCAAUAGUGUUUCCUCGUAUUCUGACUCCCAUAAAUCAUCAGGCGACGGGCCAGACCUCAGAGACAACUUUGAGAGUGCUGGACCCCUGGCCAACGUGAGGUUCUCCGUAUUUGGCCUUGGCUCCCGGGCUUACCCUCAUUUCUGUGCCUUUGGGCAUGCCGUGGACACCCUCCUGGAGGAGCUGGGAGGAGAGAGGAUCCUGAAGAUGAGGGAGGGAGACGAGCUCUGUGGGCAGGAAGAGGCUUUCAGGACCUGGGCCAAGAAGGUCUUCAAGGCAGCCUGCGAUGUGUUCUGCGUGGGAGAUGACGUCAACAUUGAGAAGGCAAACAACUCCCUCAUCAGCAACGACCGCAGCUGGAAAAGAAACAAGUUCCGCCUCACCUACGUGGCCGAAGCUCCGGAACUUACACAAGGUCUAUCCAAUGUCCACAAAAAGCGGGUCUCGGCCGCUCGACUCCUCAGCCGCCAAAACCUUCAGAGCCCUAAAUCCAGCCGAUCAACGAUCUUCGUGCGUCUCCACACCAAUGGGAAUCAGGAGCUGCAGUACCAGCCUGGGGACCACCUGGGCGUCUUCCCUGGCAACCGCGAGGACCUCGUGAACGCCCUGAUGGAGCGGCUGGAAGAUGCUCCCCCAGUCAACCAGCUGGUGAAGGUGGAACUGCUGGUGGAGAGGAACACGGCUUUGGGCGUCAUCAGUAACUGGACAGAUGAGCACCGCCUCCCGCCCUGCACCAUCUUCCAGGCCUUCAAGUACUACCUGGACAUCACCACGCCGCCCACGCCACUGCAGCUGCAGCAGUUUGCGUCCCUGGCCACCAGCGAGAAAGAGAAGCAGCGACUGCUGGUCCUCAGCAAGGGCUUGCAGGAGUACGAGGAAUGGAAAUGGGGCAAGAACCCCACCAUCGUGGAGGUGCUGGAAGAGUUCCCGUCCAUCCAGAUGCCCACCACCCUGCUCCUGACCCAGCUGUCCCUGCUGCAGCCUCGAUACUAUUCAAUCAGUUCUUCCCCAGACAUGUACCCUGACGAGGUGCACCUCACCGUGGCCGUUGUCUCCUACCACACCCGAGAUGGAGAAGGACCAAUUCACCACGGCGUGUGCUCCUCCUGGCUCAACCGGAUACCGGCUGACGAAGUGGUCCCCUGUUUCGUGAGAGGAGCACCCAGCUUCCACCUGCCCCGAAAUCCCCAAGUGCCCUGUAUCCUCAUUGGCCCGGGCACUGGCAUUGCCCCUUUCCGAAGCUUCUGGCAGCAGCGACAAUUUGAUAUCCAGCACAAAGGAAUGAGCCCCUGCCCCAUGGUCCUGGUGUUUGGGUGCCGGCAAUCCAAGAUAGACCACAUCUACAGGGAGGAAACUCUACAGGCCAAGAACAAGGGGGUCUUCAGAGAACUUUACACGGCCUACUCGCGGGAGCCAGACAAACCAAAGAAGUACGUUCAGGACAUCCUGCAGGAGCACUUGGCAGAACCUGUGUACCGAGCCCUGAAGGAGCAAGGGGGCCACAUUUACGUCUGCGGGGACGUCACCAUGGCUGCUGAUGUCCUCAAAGCCAUCCAGCGCAUCAUGACCCAGCAAGGGAAACUCUCAGCAGAGGAUGCCGGCGUGUUCAUCAGCAGGCUGAGGGAUGACAACCGGUACCAUGAGGAUAUUUUCGGGGUCACCCUGCGAACAUAUGAAGUGACCAACCGCCUUAGAUCUGAAUCCAUUGCCUUCAUUGAGGAGAGCAAAAAAGACACUGAUGAAGUUUUCAGCUCCUAACUGGCUCCUCUUGCCCAGAUGGAUGGCCGGGGGGGCUGUCCCCUGCGCUCCGGCAGGGGCGGCUGCAGGUUUUCUAAGCGUGGACACUGCUGAACCUUCCCUACGGGACCCCACGUGGCCCCCGCUGUCCCUCUCGUCCUGUCACCGUGGUUGUUCCUCUUCUGGGUCCCCACCCCUCGGUGGUUUCCUUGGCCCUCCUGGGUUUUCUCCUUGAGUUUUCCUGCUGCAAUGCAAUGCCUUUAUAAUCCACAGUGGCUCUUCCAAAACUGUGUCCCCCUCUCUCUCUCUCUUCCUGACAAGGGCAAAUCACUGGUGCAUGAAAUCACUGGAACAUGGCCGUCGCUCCCAUUAGGGCUUGUUUUCUGGGGUUUCCCCUGGAGAGGCUGCAGGGACUGGUCAGGAGAGUCCCAGCCAGUCCCUCUGCUGCUGAAGCCCCCCCCCCAUCCUUUUUUUAUGAUGACGUCCUCGUUGUGUGUGUAUAUGUGUGCACGUGUGUGCACGCAUGUGACAGGCCUGGGUCCCCGUCGUCUGCCCUCUCCCCUGGACAGGCGUGUUGCCGGCAGCCUCUCAGUGCCCCAAACCGUGCCCUGGCCUUGUAUUGGUUCCUCACGUGUCCAUAACUUAAGAUCUGUGCUCCGUGUUCCUGAAAUUCUUGUCCCUGAAGCACCUUAACGGUCCCCGGUUGCAAAGGGCAGGGAGAAGGGAGUGUGACGAUUAAGGGCAAAUCUCCGUCAAAAAGGGGCUCACGGAAUUGCUUGCGUUUAGAUCCCAGCACGCACCAGUGAGCAGCCCUCUCUGGGAAACUAACCCAUCUCAAGGAUUAAGCAAACCCCCUCCCUGAUCCUACCCUGCCCGAGCCAGAUAGGAUCACCUGAUUUGGCCCUCCCCAGAUAAUCCUACCCGCAAGUCUGGGAAGUAAUGUUCCUGUCUUUGCCACCAGGUGACUUGGGGCAAGUCACUUGUCCUCAGUUUCCCCUUGUAAUGUUAUGAAGCUAAAAAGAAAAAAAAAAAAAAGAAGAAGAGUAUGAAUAGAUGAAACUUUAAGGUGGUGGAGACUGGAGAGCAUCUCAAGGAAGAGUCUCAUCACCAGGUUUUUUGUUUUGUUUUGUCUUCUCCAAAUGAGGACUUGCCGAUCUGCCCUAGGAAGGGAAUCACAGAAGCCCGUCCAAAAGGGUAGUUGGAGAGGGAAGCCAUAACGAGGCUUCACAUAGCUUCUUGUACGGGACCACAACCCAGGGUGGCCUGCCCCACACGCUCUUGGACUUGUACAAGUGAUCCCGUGGUUUCAAGCCUGAUAAAAUAAUUUUGACACAUUAACGAACUUUGACUCCAAUCAAAAAUGGCCAGCAGUCUUCAGUGCGAGGGGCCUGCCCUGGGUCCCCAGGGCUGGAAGGGGAGCCUUCAGACAGUGGGUGCUUCUGUUUGGUUGUGUCCUAGCAUACAGAGAGACAGCUUUGCCUUUCUGUAGGGCACAGUGGGCAUUUCCUGAUGCUCCGCUUGGGGGCCCUGCCAAAGAGAAAGUGCCCCCGACCCUCUCUAGAAGGGACUUAGGACAGGGGGCGCCAAAGAGGCGUCCCCAGGAGGGGACAACCUCGGAGAUUCUUAAAGGCAAAGGGCAAACUAGACCUCGCCUUUCUCCGCCCGCCAGUCAUUCAAGGAGGAAUUCAUCAGCGCUUCCCUCUCCAGACCAAGCUCUGCGCGUGCUUCUCCAUCCCCAAAUAAGUACUUGUGUGAAGUUCCUCUGUGCAUCUUCUUCGUAUAGCCCUGCCCUUCUAGUAGCAGGCAGGCGUCGGGAAACAUCAUCUCAUUGUGUCAGGGAGUCCGAAGCAGCGAUUAUAGAACGGGGAUGCAUCUUUCGUCCCCAAAAAGGAGUUUUGUUUUUAGAGUAAACGCCUUUCAACUCCCGACACAAGCUGCUUCAUGAUGCCCGGGGAGAAGACUGGAGAUCGGUCUGAUGUGUUUCUCUCCUUUGCCAGAAUCCCUGUUAGGAAAAACCUCGCUGUUAUGAGCCUAUCGGGAGGCAGAGUGAAGUCCAGGGUCAGGGUUUAGGUCUGAUCCAGGGUGGGUAAAUGCUGCCCUCUUGUGGUGGUUUUUAGUUCAGUCCCAGUAGCCAAAACGAGGGGCCCAAUUUGGCUUCACAACAGGUGAGCAGAAAGUAGGAUUCACUGGGCAUUUGGGGGUCACCUAGGCUGCAGCCCUUUUGGUCCCUCUCCGCCUUGAACUGGCCUGCCGUGGCUCCAACCGCAUUUAACAAAAGUGAGUUUGGCCAAGAGGAAGGAGACAUCCCCAGCAAACAGGAAAAGGUGAAAUGGUCACGCUCCCCAUCUUGACGAUGAAUCCAUAAUCACGUCUUGACUAUGAAUCCCGCACCUCGUGUUAUGAAAGAAGAGAGGUAAUUAAACUCCCUGAGCGGAGGAAUGUUUUCCUGAUUGGUUUCCACAGAGUGAGGCAGCCCGGGACCUUUCCGUUCGGGGAAAUGCUUCGGACUUACCGAAAUGGAGCUUUUUGGAAACGGACCCGAGUCCAAAUGCUAACUCUAUCACCCUCCUCCCUGUUUCCACAGACAGCCCCGGGCUGGUGACUUAACCUUUCCAAGUCCAUAUACAGCACCUAUAUAGCAAAGUGGGUUAAAUGAGAUAACGCCCGUAAAAUAACCAGUUAUGCCUCCUGGCCCGCUGACGCUUUUGAAUUUUUAUUUUUUUCACUUCGUCAGUAACUGUAUGCAGAAGGCGCAAUGAUGUGUACAGAACAAUAUACAGUUCCUGUUUGUGGAAGAUUAGAAUCUCGUAUGUAGACACACAA